GUCUGCGGCUGCGUUCCCCGAAAGACGAGGCUGCGCCCGGAUUCCGGUCCGCAGGGAGACCGAAGGGCACAGCUCCCCGCGCCGCGCACGCCGCCUGAGCCCGGAGUGCGGACACCCCCGGGAUGCUUGCGCCCCAGAGGACCCGCGCCCCAAGUCCCCGCGCCGCCCCCAGGCCCGCGUGGAGCAUGCUGCCUGCAGCCAUGAAGGGCCUCGGCCUGGCGUUGCUGGCCGUCCUGCUGUGCUCGGCGCCCGCUCAUGGCCUGUGGUGCCAGGACUGCACCCUGACCACCAACUCCAGCCAUUGCACCCCAAAGCAGUGCCAGCCGUCCGACACGGUGUGUGCCAGUGUCCGAAUCACCGAUCCCAGCAGCAGCAGGAAGGAUCACUCCGUGAACAAGAUGUGUGCCUCCUCCUGCGACUUCGUUAAGCGACACUUUUUCUCAGACUAUCUGAUGGGGUUUAUUAACUCUGGGAUCUUAAAGGUCGACGUGGACUGCUGCGAGAAGGAUUUGUGCAAUGGGGCAGCCGGGGCAGGGCACAGCCCCUGGGCCCUGGCCGGGGGGCUCCUGCUCAGCCUGGGGCCCGCCCUCCUCUGGGCUGGGCCCUGAGGUCUCCUCCUUCCCACGGGGCUUCUGAGCUUGCUCCCCUGAGCCUGUGGCUGCCCCCUCCCCAGCCUGGCGUGGCUGGGGCUGGGGGCAGCCUUGGCCCAGCUCCGUGGCUGUGGCCUGUGGCUCUCACUCCUCCCCUGACGUGAAGCCUCCCUGUCUCUCCACCAGCUCUGAGUCCUGGGCAGCUGGAUAUCUCCAGGAAACCAGGCCAUCUGGGCAGGAGGCCUGGGGAUGAGGGUGGGGGGGGACCCCCAGGUCCCAGAGGGGAAGUGAAGCAACAGCCCAGCUGGAAGGGCGUCUUCUACGGAGAAAUAAAGUCACUUUUGAGUCCUGA